UCUGUUAAAGAACAAAUGACGUUGAUAUUGAGAUAUGUGAACAAUGAAGGCCAUGUGGUGGAACAGUUCCUUGCCAUCAAGCAUGUCAAGGAUAGUAAAUCAGAUGUUUUGAAGGAAGCUCUUUUCGCCCUUCUGGAUCAUCAUGACUUAUCUAUAUCCAAGAUUAGAGGACAAGGAUAUGAUGGUGCAUCAAAUAUGAGAGGUGAAUUUAAUGGCUUGCAAAAAAAGAUUAUGGAUCUUAGUCCACAUGCUUAUUAUGUUCACUGUUUUGCACAUCAACUACAACUUGUGGUAGUUUCUGUUGCUAGUAGUGCUUGUUGUCAAUCCGUUCAUGACUUUUUUGAGUACAUUCAAUUAAUUGUAAGCACCAUAAGCUCAUCUUGCAAGAGAAGGGGUGCCAUAAGGGAAAAAGAACAUGAGAGUAUUGUAGAAAAACUUGAAAGAGGUGAAUUUAUUACUGGAAAGGGUCUUCAUCAAGCAACCAAUCUUGCUAGACCCGGUGACACGAGAUGGGGUUCACAUUAUUUAACCUUGCUUCGUUUAGAAACAAUGUGGGAGUCAGUAUUGCAUGUUCUUGCUAUUGUCCAUGAAGAUGGUCGUGUACCAACACAAGCAGCAGGGUUGAUAGAAAAAAUGGAGAGUUUCAAAUUUGCUUUCAUUCUAAAAUUGAUGUUGAAAGUGCUUGCAAUCACAAAUGAGCUCUCUCAAAUGUUGCAAAGGAAGAGUGUUGAUAUUGUUCUUGCCAUGGAGUUACUUGAUGUUGUUAAAGCCCGAAUGGCUAUGAUGAGGACAGAUAAUGGUUGGGAGUCAUUCUUUGAAGAUGUGAAAGAAUUUUGUGCUAAUAAGGGUAUUCCUGUGGUAGACAUGGAUGCAGAAGUACCUAUUAGAGGUCGAUCAAGGCGAGAUGGAUUCACAGUCACAAAUCUUCACUACUACCGCACCGAGAUAUUUUUUGUUGUUCUUGAUAAAAUCAAUACAGAGUUGUGCCAUCAGUUCAGUGAAGUUUCAAGUGAGUUGCUAGUUGGUUUUGCUUGCCUUGAUCCAAAGAAGUCAUUUUCUAUGUUCAAUUUGGAGAAGCUUGUUAAGCUUGUUAAGUUAUAUGAUCAAGAUUUCACAGUUGUUGAUCGUGCAAUGUUAAGAGAGCAACUCAAGACAUAUAUUGUUCAUGUGAGAAGGCAUGCUGCUUUUAGUACUUGUGAAGAUAUUGCAACUCUUUCUAUUAAGAUGGUUCUGACUGGAAAGCAUGUUGUGUUUCCUUUAGUCUACAAGCUAAUUGAGUUGGCCCUAUUAUUACUUGUGUCAACGUCAAGUGUUGAAAGAACAUUUUCAGCUAUGAAUAUAAUUAAGAGAGAAUUGUGUAACAACAUUGAAGAUGAUUGGUUGAAUGAUUUAAUGGUUUGCUACACUGAGAAAGAGAUCUUCAAAUCCAUUGAUGAUGAGCUUAUUAUUCGACGAUUUCAACGCCUCAAAACUAGAAGGAUGCAAUUGCCUCGGUCACAAGAACUUAACGCCUUCCUCAACCUCAAUCUUCAUCUACCUUUGGCUCUAUGCCGUCUAGGAAUGUCUUGGAUGGAUCACCACUAG